AUGUCUAAGAAUUGGUAUUAUGACAUUUAUACGAUCGAUGACUAUUUUUGGGAGGAUGAUAAUCGUCAAUUUAGAGUUAAUACAAAACACAAAUCAAUCCACAACUAUUGUUAUAACGGGAUUAACUCAUCAUUUGAUAAUUCUCGUAAAUAUCUUGAAAUGACUAAAUGUAGUGUUAUUUAUUUGCUAAAAAUGUUAAAGGAAAAUUAUAAAUUAGAAGAUGAUAAACUUGCCGAAUACGCUAUUUUAUUUUUAAGUUAUAAACUAAAACAACAUUCACAACAUAAAUUCAUCAAAUUAAAUGAUUUUUAUACUAAUCAUAUAAAAAAUAAUAAUGAUUAUAAUAAGAAUAUAAAAGAUAAUGGUCCGACUUAUAAGGAAAUUAUAGAUAGAAAAAAAAAUUUGAUGGAUAUUAAAGAAAUAUCUAAAUUUAAUGAUCCAUUUGUAAUAUUAUUUUAUUUGUAUUAUGUAUUUUAUGAUGAAUAUUUGAAUUGCACAUAUAAUUCGAAUCUUGCUAAAAGGUUUGCUAAGGAAUUUGAAGAACUCAGUAAAGAUUCUAAGAAUAUAGAAGAAAGUUUAUAUAAUAAAAUAUUGUCUACAUUAUCAGAUGAUUAUAACAAGUUAAAAAAUAUAUAUGGUAAUAAAAAAUCUUGCAAUUUUAUAGCUCUUCCAAUAAUAGAACCUAAAAAAAAGCCUUCAGAAAAUCUUGCACAAAAUCCUGUAGAAAAUCGUGUAGAAGGUUCUGGAAAAAAUUCUCUAGAAAAUUCUGUACAACAUACUGCACUAAGUCCUGCAGAAAAAUUUGGACAAAUAUCUCUGCAGCCUCCUGAAGUUAUAUCAUCAAGUUCGUCGAUAUCAACCACAUUAAUUCCAGCUUUAUCGAUAGUUUCUGCAAUACCGGUUUUCUUGGGAAUUGCUUAUAAGACAAUAUUUAAGAAAAAAAUUAAAAAAAGUAAAGACGAAAAUGAAACUUAA